CCGGGCGGGGGGGAUUCUUUACGGAGACUUGGGGAAGUUCACAGGAGGACGGUGAUGGGAACCGUAGGCUGGGUUUUGAGGCCGACGAGAUUUGACAAGAGCCGCCGGCGGGGAGCUUCGCCGGCUCCCCAAUGAGAGCACCUAGCUGAAGGGAGGUCGACGUCUUCCCCGCCAGAGUUGAAGAGACGGACCCCAAAGGAGAGCCAGGGCGAUGUGUCACAGGCAACUCCAGGCUAAAGUGAAACGAGAAAGCAAAGUAAUUAAAGUGAGCCAUGAAGAUCCCAAAAUUAUAUUAUGCUUUUGGGAUUUUUGGAAGUGCAAUUAUUAUUGUUGCUUAUGUGAAAUGGAAUGACUUCAGUCCAGUACUGGAAACAACGGAACGUGCUGUGGUUAAUUUGGAAAAACAAUUCAAUAGUGAGCCAUCAGGAAUGGAUCAGAAGGUCCUUUAUGGAAUUAUGUUUGAUGCUGGAAGCUCUGGAACUCGAAUACACAUAUUCAAAUUUACCCAAAACCCAAAAGAAACUCCUAAAGUAAUCGAUGAAACCUUCAGAGCACUGAAGCCGGGUCUGUCUGCAUAUGCCGACAACGUUGAUGAGAGUGCUCAAGGAAUAAAUGAGCUGCUUGCAGUUGCUAAAGAAGUUGUUCCUACGGAAUUAUGGAAGUCCACCCCUUUAAUCCUUAAAGCAACAGCUGGUUUAAGGCUACUACCAGGAGAAAAAGCAAAUGAAUUGCUGAAUAAGGUAAAGAACAUUCUUCUAGAGUCUCCAUUCUUCGUAAAGGAUGACUGUAUCUCCAUAUUGGAAGGAGCAGAUGAAGGUAUUUUUGCAUGGAUCACUGUCAACUUUUUAACUGGUAGCUUGAAUGAUCCAACAAAGGGAAGUGCAGGAAUGCUGGAAUUAGGAGGAGGAUCAACACAGAUCACAUUUCAACUAAGCAGUGAGACAACUCUGGAGGAGACAUCUCCUAGUGACAUCAUUUCAUUUCAGAUGUUUAACCAUAAGUACAAACUGUAUUCUCACAGUUACUUGGGCCUUGGGUUAGGUUCGGCAAGGCUGGCAGUGUUAGGAGGAGUUCAGGGACAAGCCUUAAAGGAAGAUGAAGAAUUGACAAGUCCCUGUUCAUCACCUGAUUUUCAGGGUGAAUGGGAGCAUGCCAAGAUACUGUACAAAAUUAAAGGGCAGAAGGCAGGAAAACCUGUCUAUGAAUCCUGUUUUGAUGAAGUAACAAAAAUACUCCACCAGAAGAUUCAUCAGAUACCUGAAGUAAAGGACUUAGAAUUUUAUGCUUUUGCUUACUAUUAUGACUUGGCUAAAGAUCGUGGAUUAAUAGGUAAAGAAGGAGGGACCCUGGCUAUCAGUGACUUUGAAACUGCUGCAAAGAAUGCAUGUGGCAAUAUGGAGGCACACCAAGGAGAGCAUCCGUUCCUCUGCAUGGAUCUCACCUAUAUCAGUUUGCUGUUGCAAGAACUGGGCUUUCCAAAGAGCUAUGUUCUUAAGCUUGCCCGAAAAAUCAACGAUGUUGAAACUGGCUGGUCUCUGGGAGCGACCCUUCACUACAUGGAUUCACUUCACAUACUGCAGUAUUGAUUGUCUAGGGGUGAAAAGCUAAAUCUGGAAGAAAAAAGUGCAGAGGUGUUGCCAGUUUCGUAGCUUCUGUUCCCAGACUAUAUAAGACUUGUGGGGUCUCUUCUUUCAUCAAGAAAACUCAUGUGCCUCGAUUCUAGUGACUUGGAUCACGCUACUUUUUUUUUUUAGUGUUGGUGAAAAUUGGUGACUCUUCUGUAAAAGAGUAGGCAAUGGCAGCUGAAAUCAAAAUCCUGAGCAGCAUAUCUGAUGUCAGACUAGUUGAAUAUGGACGUCCUGUGAAUUCAUGUCUUACAGCUUGCCUUCCAUGAGAAAAGCACUUCGGUUUCAGAUGUUGUUCUCUGCUCUUGCUGCUAGAUACUGAACUAGCAUCAGACACUCACUCCAAGUUUGAUUUUAAUAUUGCAUAUUUUUGGUGGUUGAGGGGUUUCAUGAAGCUCUUAAUUGUAUAAACUAGCCUGUUUGGUAUA